AUGGAUAGUUCGAAUUUUAAUCAUAAUACAUCAAAUGUUGCGACAAUUCAACCGAGUCGACAUAAUUCUAAAUCAAUUGAUCCAUUAGCUAAAAUUCGUCCAAUAAUAUCAAAGAAACCACAUCUAGUACAAUCUUUACUUCGUUCUAAAACAAUUCAAAUUACAUCGGGAUUUAAAAUUCCUAAUACACAAAUUCAAUCAGCAAAUGAUCCAUCAUGUGAACCUUUAGUGACAAUUAGUGACAAUGAACAAUCUGAUGAAGAAGUAGAAGAUUUUGUUUUACCAAUACAAAAAUUAACCAAAGAAGAAUUACGUGAAGAAUUAAAAACAUUUCAAUCAACUAAUAAUACAACUCAUGCUUUACUUGCUAAUGAUAAUGAUGAUGAUGAUACAGGUGAAUUACAAUUCCGUACACAACAACCAUUGAAACGUUGUAUUUGUUGUGAUCAAUAUCCAUUUUCAUUUAAAAAUAGUUCAUGUAUAAUUUUAUAA